CCGGGCCGUCACUUUGUGUAGCGCGGGGCCCCUCAGCGGCCCGCAGGCCACGGCCCGGCCCGGCCCGGCCUGCUCGGCGCGCGCGGAAGGAACCUGCUCUGGUCUCAUCUUUGACCUCAAGAGACCCUCGUCUUGAAGCCUCCCCAACCUGCGCUGAGCUUUGCAAAUGCCGCCAGCCUGAGGCCUCCAAGGAGCCCUUCGCCCUGGUCCAUGUGUGUUGAGGCCUGGGCCGAGCGCAGGCUCGCUCCCCAGGACGAUGGCCGCCCUUCACACCACUCCUGAAGCCCCAGCCGCCCAGCUGCAGAGGGCAGAGGACGGGGCGGAGUGCCAUCCUGACCAGGAGGAGGAGGAAGAAGAGGAGGAGGAGGAGGAGGACGAAGAGGACGUGGAGGAGGUGCUGGCAGAGGAGCGGAGCUUGGCAGUGGGCACCCGAGAGCAGCCUGGCCGUGGCGGUGCUGCCAGGUCCCCAGUUCUUCAGGGGGAGGCCCUGCAGGCCCCCCGAGGUCCAGCGGCUCCUGGGGAUGAGGACCUGGAGGACGAGGAGGAGGAGGAGGAAGAGGAGGAGGAGGAUGGUUUCCCGACAGCAGAGUCUCAGGGGCUGGUGACCUUUGAGGACGUGGCUGUGUACUUCUCCCUCGAGGAGUGGGCGAGGCUGGACGCAAGUCAGCGGGGCCUCUACCAGGAGGUCAUGCAGGAGAACUAUGGGAUCCUGGUGUCCCUGGGCUACCCCAUCCCCAAGCCGGAUCUGAUCUUCCGGCUGGAGCAAGGGGAAGAACCUUGGGUCCCAGAUAGCCCCCGGCCUGAGGAGGGAGACAUCGUCACUGGCGUCUACACAGGAGCCUGGUUCUGGGCCGACGACAUGGAGGACCACGAGGAGGAGGAUGAUGAGGACUUCCUGGCGGAGGUGGCUGAGGAGGAGAACGAACCCCCCGGGCUGUGGUCAGCGGCCUAUGGCGUGGGGGACGUGCCUGGGACUUGGGGUCCGGAUGACUCAGAUUCGGCGCAGACUCCCGAGAGGUGGGGGCCUGACCCAGGCGACGUGGGCGUCCUGGCCGAGGGGUCGGAAGCUAAGCCUUUCCUAGCUGGCCGGGAUCCCGGCGCGAACCUGUUGGCACCCUGGGCGUUCCCGGCAGCGGUGGCAGCCCAGGCCGGUAGGCCGGAGACUACGUGCGACGUGUGCGGCAAGGUGUUCCCGCACCGGUCGCGGCUGGCCAAGCACCAGCGCUACCACGCCGCCGUCAAGCCUUUCGGCUGCGAUGAGUGUGGCAAGGGCUUCGUGUACCGCUCGCACCUGGCCAUCCACCAGCGCACGCACACCGGCGAGAAGCCCUUCCCGUGCCCGGACUGCGGCAAGCGCUUCGUCUACAAGUCGCACCUGGUCACGCACCGGCGCAUCCACACCGGCGAGCGGCCCUACCGCUGCGCCUUCUGCGGCGCGGGCUUCGGGCGCCGCUCCUACUUGGUAACGCACCAGCGCACGCACACGGGCGAGCGGCCCUACCCGUGCCCGCACUGCGGCCGCAGCUUCAGCCAGAGCUCGGCGCUCGCGCGACACCAGGCGGUGCACACAGCCGACCGGCCGCACUGCUGCCCGGACUGCGGCCAGGCCUUCCGCCUGCGCGCCGACUUCCAGCGCCAUCGGCGUGGUGGCGGCUGCGCCGAGCCCGGCGGCGAAGGCCCUCGGCGGGAGCCCCGUGAAGCCACAGCCACGGUGGGUCCUGGGGAAGCCGAGGCCGGGCCCGAGGGGUCUGAGGAGCCCGAGGCCGCCGAGGUGGAAGGCGAGCCGGAGGCUGAGGCCAGAGAGGCGGAGGAGACGCCCACCCCCACGAGCAAGGAGGACCGCGAGCCGGACAGGCGGUUCCCCAACCUGGGCAAUGGCCUGGGCGAGGGCGAAGGCCCUUCCUCGCACCCGCUUGGCUUCCACUUCUCUGUGCACCCCAAGUCCUGGCUCCACCCGGACGGCUUCCCGAUCCUGGGCCUCCCAAACUUCGGGGAGCGGGUUCCGGCCGACGGGCGUCCCAUGCCGGGACCCCUGGGGGGUCCCCUCUCCCUGGUGGAGGGCGCGGGGCUGGCCUGCGACCCCUUCGGCGGAGCCGGGGCCGGGAGCGUUGGCAGCGGCCUGCGUGCGUUCGGGCCCGCGGUCGGGGGACUGCUGUCCGAGCCGGCGCCCGCCGCGCUGGCGGAGGAGGAGAGCCCGUGGAUCUGCUCGGACUGCGGCAAGACGUUCGGGCGCCGCGCCGCGCUGGCCAAGCACCAGCGCUACCACGCGGGCGAGCGGCCGCACCGCUGCGCAGACUGUGGCAAGAGCUUCGUGUACGGCUCCCACCUGGCGCGCCACCGGCGCACCCACACGGGCGAGCGGCCCUUCCCGUGCCCCGAGUGCGGCGCGCGCUUCGCCCGCGGCUCGCACCUGGCGGCGCACGUGCGCGGCCACACCGGCGAGAAGCCCUUCGUGUGCGGGGUGUGCGGCGCAGGCUUCAGCCGCCGCGCGCACUUGACGGCGCACGGGCGCGCGCACACCGGGGAGCGGCCCUACGCGUGCGGCGAGUGCGGACGCCGCUUUGGGCAGAGCGCGGCGCUGACGCGACACCAGUGGGCGCACGCCGAGGAGAAGCCGCACCGCUGCCCCGACUGCGGCAAGGGCUUCGGCCACAGCUCGGACUUCAAGCGGCACCGGCGCACGCACACGGGCGAGAAGCCCUUCCGUUGCGCCGACUGCGGCCGCGGCUUCGCGCAGCGCUCCAACCUGGCCAAGCACCGGCGCGGCCACACCGGCGAGCGGCCCUUCCCGUGCCCCGAGUGCGGCAAGCGCUUCUCGCAGCGCUCGGUGCUGGUGACACACCAGCGCACGCACACGGGCGAGCGGCCCUACGCCUGCGCCAACUGUGGCCGCCGCUUCUCGCAGAGCUCGCACCUGCUCACCCACAUGAAGACGCACCGCGGCGCGGCGGGCGCGCCCGGGCAGGCGGCGACGGCUCCCGCGCCCAAGGCCGAGGCUCCCGCCAAGGCGCCUCCCGGUGUGGGCGCGAGCAGUGGGUCGGGGGAGCGCGGCAGCGCCCUGCUGGAGUUCGCGGGCGGCACGAGCUUCGGCUCGGAGCCCUCGCCUGCGUUCGCGGGGCCGUCGGGCGCCUACGAGGAGCGCGUCCUGUGAGGGGCCCGAGGCCUCGGGAGCACAGUCCACAAGGGUCACCGGGGCGGCUCGGGUGCAGGCCGCUGCGCACCGGCGCCUGGCUCCCUUGGCUUCGGGAGGCUGAGGGUCCCGGUGCUGGGGGCGGUGCCUUCCGUCGGCUCCUGCCCCCGCCCCACGGCCUCGGGGAUUCCUCACGGCUGGGGCCGCCCCACGUGCGCGGGGGCGGGCGGCACUAUUUAUUGUACUCGACAAGUGACGAGUGUGCGACUGGAUCCUGUGGCGGGGCAGGGGAGGCCGGGGCGGUCCAGGGAGUGCGUGACUGCGUCCUGUGGCGAGGGGAAGCCUGGCAGGUUUCCGGAGGAAGGGGCCCCCUUGCCCCGGCGGAAGAGAGGCGCGAGGGAAGGCGUUUAUCGUGGCCAUCGCUGGUGGACGCUUGUUUCCAUCUCGGGUUCCCUGAAGAGAGUGGGAGGAGGAAAAGCAAGCCAGAAUCCAAGCCCAUGCAGGGGCAGGCAGUCGCAGGCGUCCCCGGGGGGCCCCCACACCCCGCUUCUGCGCCCAGGUCAGCCGGGCGCUAGCUGGUCAGCCUCAGCGUCCUCCGAGUCCCCCGGGUCUCCCGUCCCCGGCAGCCGGACGCGGCCUACCCGGAUACCACCGGGCGCCCAGAGCAGCAGGUGGGUGCGCCCGGCCCUGCCCGGCCACUCCCAGAGUCCUUCAGGGUCAGCAGCUGAGGUUGGAGGAAGGAUCUUCCCUGCCUCCCGAGACGGCAGCGGGUUCCUUGAACUCUUGCUGCGUUUGCGUUCAGAUCCCCCUCGUAUGGGCGGCAGGGGUGGGGGCGGUUUGCACAGCGGUGGGGACUGAGCCCCGGGCUCGGUGAUACAGCAGGCACCCAGCUGUGUGUAUUCCCGCUCCCCGCCCCUGCACCCUCUGGACUGGACAGCUGAAUCCUGAUUCGCCGGGGGGUCCCUCGCGUCACACCUUUUGGGCCAAUGCGAGUGGGGCCGGGAAACCUAACUGCAUUCCCUUGUAGACCCUAGUUCUGUUUAGUGUAGACACGGCCUCGGGGGCUGGGCCGGUAGCCAGGCUGCU